AUGGAAUACAAUGUCUCCAUUGUGUCAGAAUUUAUUAUUUUGGGAUUAACAACUCGGCCAGAACUGGAACCUUUACUUUUUAUUUCAUUUUUGUUAAUUUAUACUGUUGCCUUAGCAGGUAAUGUAAUCAUUCUUACUCUUAUAAGUAUUGACUCAGGCCUUAAUACACCUAUGUAUUUUUUCCUGGGAUUUCUAUCAUUUCUUGAUAUCUGCUGUACAACAGCUACUAUACCAAAGAUGCUUAACAGCUAUAUAACUAAUGCAAAAGGAAUUUCAUAUUAUGGAUGUGCAGCUCAGCUUUUUUUCUUCACAUGGUUUACUGGUGUAGAACUUCUACUUCUGACAGUUAUGGCUUAUGAUCGGUAUAUUGCAAUUGGUAACCCAUUGAGGUAUGCAACCAUUAUAAAUCGGAGAGUCUGUAUCAUUGUAGCAAUCACCAUCUCAGUUAUUGGCUGCCUUAAUUCCACGGAACAUACUUAUUUUACAUUCCGGCUUCCCUACUGUGCUGAUAAUAAAAUAAAUCAUUUUUUUUGUGAAAUAAUGCCACUGCUAAAACUGGCAUGUGCUGACACCUACAUGAAUGAGAUUCUGGUAUUUACUGCCGAUUUCAUCCUUGGAAUUUGCUGUUUCAUUCUUAUUUGCAUUUCUUAUGUCUUCAUCAUUAACACCAUAAUGAAAAUACGUUCUGCUGAAGGCAAACGAAAGGCAUUCUCCACAUGUGCCUCUCAUGUUACAAUUGUGUCCAUGUACUAUGGUGCAGUCAUAUUCACGUACAUACGACCAAGAUCUAGCCUUACAUUAGAGAAAGACAAGAUAGUGUCUGCACUCUAUGCAGUGAUUACACCCACUCUAAAUCCUAUAAUAUACAGCCUUAGAAAUGUGGAAGUUAAAGAAUCCUUAAGAAAAGUAACCAAGAGGUUGUUGAUUCACAGACGUCAAGCAUAA